AUGGAGGCCGAGGAACAGGAGGAAGAUGCCAACUCCCUCUCAAAGGACGAAUCAGAGACUAACUCACGUGACUGCCUCCGCUAUGUGCCCCUCGGGACAGCCUUUCUUUUGCUGGCUGGAGCUGCUGCAGCAACCUGGUAUUUCCUAGACUACAGACCAUGGCACCUGGAACCGGCCAUCCUGCAGUUUUACUCUGGCAGCCUCCAGGUCCUCAAUCGCCAAUACUCCCCGGACCUUGGGCAGGUGGAGUCCAGAGCCUUCUGGUUGGAGUCAGCUAAGCUCCAGAAGAUGCUGAAGGAACUGAUUUGUGCCACAGAGCUGGGUCAAUACUACAACUCGAGUACAGUGUAUGCCUUCGGGGAGGGGGCUCUGACCUUCUUCUUCUGGUUUGCCCUCCAAAUCCCUGAGAGUCAGCAGAAGGAGGUGACUGCUGAGAGGGUAAACACAAUGCUCCACCAAGAGCUCUCCACCAGCUUCAACAUCUCGGGCAGCCCGUCCUACCAGAUGGAGUACAGGGUCAACCCAGACUCGCUGGUUCUGCUGGAAUCCAGUGUGAAAGACAUAGUAGUGCUGAAAUCCACUCUGGGUUGCUACAGGUACAGCUAUGUCCAAAAGGAUGACAUCCUAAGGCUGGAGGGCCCUGACUACCUGGCCUCCAGUUGUCUUUGGCACCUCCAUGGCCUCAAGGGCUACAUGAUCAAGCUACGCCUGGAGUGGACUCUCCUGGACUGCAGGGACCGCCUGGCUAUGUACGACGCAGCCGGGCCCCUGGAGAAACAUCUCAUCACCUCGAUCUAUGGCUGCAGCCGGCAGGAGCCCGUUGUGGAAGUCCUUUCAUCUGGCCCUGUCAUGUCCAUUGUGUGGAAGAAAGCCAUGUACAGCUACUAUGACCCCUUCAUCCUCUCAGCGCAGGUGGUGCCCCUCAAAGCCUGCGAAGUGAAUAUAACUCUGCGGGAAGGCCUGGAGCAGCAGGGGAAGAUCGGCACCCCACACUACCCCAGUUACUACUCACCCACCACACAGUGCACCUGGCACAUGACGGUCCCAUCCCUCAACUAUGGGGUCACCCUAUGGUUCGACGCCUACGCACUCAGCAGACAGAAGCACGACCUGCCCUGUACCCAAGGCCAGUGGAUAAUUCAGAACAGAAGGUUAUGUGGCCUGCGGACCCUGCAAGCCUAUGCCGAGCGGAUCCCAGUCACAUCCUCGGCUGACAUCGCCAUCACCUUCACCUCGCAGAUCUCCUUAACUGGCCCCGGCGUACAGGCAGCUUACAGCCUGUACAACCUAUCUGACCCCUGUCCCGGGGAGUUUCUGUGUUUGGUGAACGGCUUGUGCGUCCCAGCCUGUGACGGGAUCAAAGAUUGCCCCAAUGGGCUGGAUGAGAGAAACUGCGUGUGCCCUGCAAAGUUCCAGUGCCGCGAGGACAGCACUUGCAUCGAGUUCAGCAGGGUCUGCAAUCAGCAGCUGGACUGUGUCAACGGGAGCGAUGAGGAGCAGUGCAGCGAAGGGGUCCCCUGUGGUCCUUUCACCUACCGCUGUGAAGACGGGACCUGUGUGAAGAAACCCAACCCCCUGUGUGACACCACUGCAGACUGCAAGGACCUGUCUGAUGAGAAGCACUGUGACUGUGGGCUGCAAGCCCCUCUCAGCAGGAUCGUGGGUGGUGCGAAUUCUGUGGAAGGAGAAUGGCCAUGGCAGGCCAGCCUGCAAGUUCGAGGACGCCACAUUUGUGGGGGGACACUCAUUGCUGACCGCUGGGUGGUCUCAGCUGCGCACUGCUUCCAGGAUGAGAGACUGGCCUCUGCCUCCAUCUGGACCGUUUACUUGGGUAAAUACUUGCAAAAUGCCACCAGCCACACAGAAGUGUCCUUCAAGGUGAUCCGCCUCUUCCUUCACCCUUAUUACGAGGAGGACAGCCAUGAUUACGAUGUGGCCCUGCUCCAGCUGGACCAUCCUGUGAUCAUCUCACCCUUAAUCCAGCCCAUCUGCUUGCCUGCUCCUUCUCACCUCUUUCAGCCUGGCCUUCAUUGCUGGAUCACUGGCUGGGGAGCCCUCAAGGAAGGUGGGCACAUCAGCAAUGUUCUGCAGAAGGUGGACGUGCAGCUCAUCCAGCAGGACAUCUGCAGCGAGGCCUAUCACUACAUGAUUUCUCCCAGGAUGCUCUGUGCUGGGUACCACAAGGGCAAGAAAGAUGCCUGCCAGGGUGAUUCUGGAGGUCCACUGGCCUGCAAGGAACCCAGUGGCAGAUGGUUUCUGGCUGGUUUGGUCAGCUGGGGAAUGGGAUGCGCACGUCCAAAUCACUAUGGAGUAUACACCAGGAUCACUCAAGUGCUGGGCUGGAUGAACCAAACCAUGAGCUGA